CUUGUAGUGACCGGAAUUUACUAAUCUCGUCUCGUCAGUGUUUCUCUUUGCUAUCUCGUUUUGGUUUCAAUUUGGAAUCAGUAUCAAACCCAAUCAACUUCACACAUGGAUUCCCAGACACAGAACACGUCGUUGCAGAGACUUCAAAAUGUGGAGAAGAGAAUCGUUAGGGUUUUGGAACUUGCUGCCGGAGUCAUGGACGAGCUUUCCAACCCCACCGGUCCCAGAAAGGAGUUCGUCAACAACCAUUGCCGCGAGUUCAUGCAAAUGAUCAAGGAUAUCCAAGUGGCAUUGAGAGAAGAAAUCAAGAGCGCAUGUGAUUAUCGUCCAUUUGAGAAGUGUGAUUACAGUUCGAGAAUAGCCAAUGAGAUUUGUUGCAAGAAACUGGAUUAUGUGGUGUUGCAGUUGGAUCAAAUGAAACAAACCAUUGAUGAUUAUCGUAGUAGUACACUGUGAUGAUUCAGAGAAGAAAACUAGGAAGUUAUUUUCUAGAGUAUAGGUAUGUAUUGUAACUUGCUCUUGGGGGUCAAUCUUGUUGAGGUGAUUGCGCCUACUUUGCUUGAAGUGUUUACAUGUUUAGAAUGUGUGAAUUUGACCCGUAGAAGUUACCAUUAGCAGAAUUGCUAUAGUUUUGUAAUUUCUUUGUCAAACUAUUUUCUUGGUAUUGCAGGAGAAGUAGUUUUAUUGAUUCAAAUAUUUAGUAUAAUACACAAAAUGAAUGUUAAUUUGUCUAAUGGACAAUAUUAUUCAAACUCUUUGAACACAGCCUA